CACUAGCUGGGUUAGGGUUUAAAGUUCGGCUAAAGAUUAGUUUAAAUAACCUACUGUUUUAUCGAACGUGACUAAACGGGUCAAAUAAUGUAACCUAACAUAAUGUCACAUACUAAAUGGAGUGUCACGGAUUUUAGUAACAUAUAAUUCGUCUUGCAUACUGGACAUUUCGACCUACAUGUCUCGGUAAACGUCUCUUGUCUGUUUAACUUUUCCUACCGUUCGUGCGAUUCGAGAGCAGCCUACUUGCAGUCAAAUAUGACUGCGCUGGAAGGAAGGGCACUCCACUGGAUGCGCGAUGGUACGGUGAGGCUCCCCGCCUAAUCUAUAGUCUUUAGGCAGAGGGAUGCAUCGUUUUAACCCUUUGCUCUGCUCUCCAGAGUUGCACAUAUUUGUAAAUAGCCUUUAAGUAAUAUUUAGUAAAUAAGUUGAGGAAAUGUGUAAAGGUGCUGCAGCUAUUUUGGGGAAUUGUAUUGGACAAUAAGUGUAAGGAUAUUUCUUCAUCGUUGGCUUCAACUUCGGAUGGCUUGAGUAUUUGCACACAUGCAUGUUGACAAGCAAGAAUGUAAGGUAGCCUAUGGCCGGUCUACCGUUCUCACAUCACACGGAGUAAGGGAGCAUCGGUUGGAUUCGCAGCGCUGGACAUCGAACUAUAGCGCCGUGAUUCGGAGUACGUUUGAGUGCCCAGAGAAAUAACUUUAUAUAUUGGGAUUGCUUGGUCACCUGCGUUCCCUGUCAGUCAUAUGCCACCGACAACGUAAAUUCAACAGCAAAAUGAAUAUGGCAUAAACUAAUUCUGGAGACGCCAGUCACAGAUAUCGCCGCCGACUUGGAUAGGGUGAAUGAGAAUUUCCCAAACGGUCAAAUCCUAUGCAUACCGUGCUUGUUUACUCGCUACACUAUCUAGUGUCUUCGAGAAGAGCGCAGGAGGAAUGCUGGUCCAAGAUCUAAUACCAUUUACUUUAAGUUUUUGGCCUCUUCUCUUCGGUCAUUGCAUUCUCUCGUUGGUUUUACUCUCAUGCCAGGGUGAACUCCAGAGGUCAUGCUCGCAGACUGUAACUGAGAAAGUGAGCGAACACUGCCAGCUGGCAUGUCAGUGUAGAAGCUACCCUCCCCUUCCUCCCCCGCCUCCUCCCCCACCUCCCCCACGGCUACUGUUGGCCACAGUGGUUGAGUCCCCUCUGCCCCUGUUGAGACCGUGGUGGAUGGAGAUCUUAGUGCUUGGGACAGGGGGCUGUGCCUCAGCUGUUUUCCUCCUUUCAGCCAUGAUCAUCUGCUACAAGGCCAUAAAGAGGAAACCACUACGGAAAGAGGAGAACGGGACAAGUCGUGGGGAGUAUGCCAUGAGUGUACGCAAAAAGAAGGCCAUGGGCCCCAACAACACUGUGGUGUAGACUGUCCACUGACAGAAAGAGGAAGUCACAUCACCAUCAUCCCCACUACCCACCCUAUCCUACCCAAAACUCCUAUUACGCAACAGGGGGUUGACCUGUUAAAAAUGCAUAAACGCCUUUCCUUCUCUCCUAGCAUGUUGCCUGGAUGAAUGACAACGUCCAGAUAAAGGAGAGUUGCGAGAACCAGAGAGAGAGAAAAACUAAACAUGGAAGUGGAUUCAGAGAAUGAGUAAAAAAGUGAAUUGAGAAGUUCUACACCAAAUUGUCGACAAGAAGUGUCAUUGACAGGGGAAUGGUUGACUGCUAAUCUGUCAACCUACACAGCUCCACACUUCUCACAGACAACUUCGAUGUAGGAACAGACACUGAAGCACUGCGAUGGGAUAGGAGGUUGCGGAGGACCAGAUCAAGAACAAAAUGUGCACGCAGCAACAUUCUUUUCUACGGUCGGGCUGUCUCAUCUAUUCUCAUCUGACCGUUUUUCUUUUUCAUUUAUUAAAGCAGAAUUUGUAUUAUACUGGCACAGUUGCAGGUUCUUGCUGUGGUUUGAGAUGUAUAGUGCUCAUCUGACUAUGCAAUUAAAACAUACAUUUACAGGUCAUACCAAGUGGGAAGUAAAACAACAAGAUCAAGUCAGUUCCUAUGUUCCAUACCAACAACACAACUGAGAACAGCCUGAGGACAAACUUUAUCUACUUAUCUAAUUUGUUCAUUUAUUUAUUUACUGUAUUUAUUCAUUAAUUUGUCUGCUUAUGUAUGUUAUUGUUUAAUUCAGUCAGUUUAAUGAUUUGAAAUGUUUUCUUUUUAUAUGAAUUAUUUAGUAAUCAUAUCAUUCAUUUUAAUGGUCUGACGCUUCAAGCCCACUUUUAAUUUGCUACAGACGCUGAUGCAGAAAACACAUCUGCAAAGAGUUUUGGCGCUCAAUUGUUCAUCUCUUGCUGUUUGAUAUGCCUUUCUGUGUUCCCCUGCGACUUCAGCGAAUAUGAUGGGGAUGUCUGUGAUGCGAGUUUGUGAAUGUGUGUUUUCUGACCGUGCUUUUAGCAGCUUAUUCUACCCCUCAAUUCUUUAUCACAAGACUAACAUGGUAUUACAUUUUGUGCUGUCACAUCUCACUGGUUAGACAGUCAGGGGGAGGUAGUGGGGGACAAUGGGAAGCCCUUUGCCGUGUUCUGAUGUGAUUUUUACAGUCUUAAUUGUUCCACCUCCCAGCAAGGAGAGAACCCAUCACUAUAGAAACAGUGCACAUGAUCCCAGGACUGACAUGCUGAUUGGUGGAGGACGGGAUUCCAAACAGAGGCUGAUCUGGAUAUCAAGUUGCAGAGAGGAUGGCCUCAAAAAGGGACAUGUGACUCAGUGCACUCACACUCGCAGGCAUCCCCAACAUCCUUCUGCAAUAAACAGUCCACAGUUGAUUUAAAGCAUCACUCAAUUAUUACGCUGCGUGUUGGCAUAGGUGCAGUUCAUUUGUAUAUUAGUGCGUGUUGUGUGCGUGAGAGAGAGCACAAUACAUGUAUGGCUGGCAGUAUCUGAAAAUGUUCCAUUACUGUUGAAUUUUGUAAACACAGACCUUGCAUUGUGAAAUGCAUAGGAAUUAGCAUAUCUUACCAGUAAUGUACCCAGAAACUGAAGAUACGUCACUAAUACUGUACAUAGAGGGAAAUAACCUUGGAUGCAUGAAUGUAAAUAUUGAUAUUUAAAAAUAUCUGCCUUCUGGACUGUUAAUAACAUGUACAGUGUAACAGAAAAUAUGUUUAUACAUAGUAGAAAUUAAACAAUGUGCUACCAAUUAGAAUUAAAUCAAUGUUAUCAUGUUUAUGGAGCAAGCCAUUCUUGUAUAUUUGGCAAUGAAAGUUAUUUUACAAUUGAUGCAUUAUAUACCAAAAGGAUACAUAGAGUCCUAUGUAUACAUCGAUAAUGUGCAUUCAGUUGAUUUAAUUGCUGACUUUUUCAGUUGUAAAUAAAGGUGAACAGAAUGACA